AUGAUCGAACUCAUCCGCGGCGCGCCCCCCGACACACGCGACUUCCUCCGCUUCAAGUUCACCAAAGGCUCCCACCCCGCCCAGACCGUGCACGUCUUCGGCCACAGGGGAGACAUCCCCCUCACCGAGUUCAUCUACAAGAGUCAGGAUUCCAUCAUCUCGAAUAACCGUCAAUGGAGGGAGGUCUGUAACGGCAAUUCCGCUUCUGCUGCUUCCGUCUUUUCGAUCGAAAACUUGAACGUCAACGCCCUCUUGGCUCUCGGCGUGUUCAUCUUUGCCUUGUUUGCGCUUGGAUUGUCGUUCAAGUGGAGGGCGAAAAAGAAAAGGGGCGUCAAGCUUGCGGGUGAAGAGACAACCCUCCAGGUGGCGGAGAAAAACCUUGACACUGUUAGGUUCGUCUAA